GAGGCGUUACUUCACGUGUCAGAUGUGACUUUUUUAAGUGAAAGUGUCUUCUGCCUCUGACACAGUGAAGCCUACAAGCUGCUGCCGUGUCGAGGAUCCAGUUCUCUUAUUACAAAUAAUGUCGGAAUCCAUCAAAAACGUCGCGAUAUUUGGAGCCACGGGAAUGACCGGGCUGGCGACCCUGCCGCAAGCAGUGUCUGCAGGAUACAAUGUGACGGUGCUGGUGCGGGAUCCUACCAAGCUGCCGGCUGACCACAAGGCAUCCAGAGUGGUGGUGGGAGAUGUACUGAAUAAAGAGGAUGUGAAGGUGACCAUGGAGGGCCAGGAUGCUGUCAUCAUCAUCCUGGGCACCAGGAACGACCUCAGCCCGACCACCAUGAUGUCUGAAGGCACCAAGAACAUUGUGGAGGCCAUGAAGGCUCGUGGGAUUCGUAAAGUGGUCGGCUGCAUGUCAGCAUUCCUACUAUGGGAUCGCUCCAAAGUCCCACCCCGUCUGGUCCCUGUGACAGAGGACCAUGACAGGAUGUACACGGUGCUGAAAACGUCUGGGCUGGACUACGUGGCUGUCAUGCCUCCUCACAUCGGUGAUGACCUUCCUCUGACAGAAAGUUACUCAGCGACAGAAAACAUGCUAAGAGGAAGAGCCAUCUCUAAACACGACCUGGGACAUUUCUUCGUCAAGUGUCUGUCCACCUCAGAGUGGGAUGGCAAGACUGUUGGAGUGUGGGGAGACUACAAAAAAUCCUGAAUGAAACACUGCUGAUGCUCUUCAGGCUGAAGAGUAGAUAUGUGUGUAUGCUUAGAGAUAAAUGAAGGAUUUUGCUAUUUUUAAUGAACCACUAAAGCUUUGCUGUUUUCACUUCCAUGAUUAUGACAAUUUUACAAUUACAGAUACAAUUUUAUACUAAUUUUAGUUUUAUCAUCAGUGGUGCACAAGAGAUAUUUUUAUACAAAUGCCAAACCUGCACAGCUGCUCCUAAGCUGCCCAUAAAUGUGUUCAUCACCAUCAGUUCUAUCUUUUCACAUGAAAAGGAUUUACAUAUUGAAUGCUGUCCUUCCUGUGAUUGAACAUUUUGUCAUGUGACGCCUACUGUUGCUAUUCUUGUUAGUUUUAUAGCUGAUGAAAAUAAAAGACUCUAUUGUACAAAA